AUUAUGGUUAUUUUGGUACCACUCAUGACAAAUCACACGGCAGGGAUGCCAGCACUUCAAAUUUUUACCGCGAAAACUUUUACGGUGUGCACAUAUUACAUGAAUUGCAUGAAUUUAAUAUGGUUGGACUGAUUUCUAACAGUCUGGAGAAGAGAAGGGCUCGUAUCAAUGAGAAAGAUUCAACUGGCGAACGAAAAGGGUAAUAAACUUUCGCAACACGUUUUGCUGUAAGUGAAACUAGCACUGCGCAAAGUUGGUCUGAAUUAGUGUGACUUUGGUCGGUAGAUUAGGUAAAAACACGAAAUUAAAAUAAGGGAUUAGUAUAUGUCAGAAUAAAACUGAAUGUGCUAAUUUUUAUCUAAAGUCUAUACGGCGUAAUUUUAUUUGCAAAUCGGUGUGAGCGAGUAUUGUUAAAGUCUUUGAAUGUAAUCAAUUUGAAGUAAACAGCUCAUAAAUUUAAAUUAAGCUUUUGAGCAAUAUAUAUGAGCAUCCACAGAACUUUAAUUACGAUAAGCUACAUAUUUUUUGGAUCAAAACAUUACUUUUUAUUUUAGUAUAGAAAUGAUCAAAAAGCUGUUUGCAAAUUUUUAAAAAUAAACUAAUAUCUACAUUUCCAUGCCGUGCAGACGUGCAACUUGCUGCCAAUUCGAUAUGUCUAGUAUCUUCCAAAUUAGUUAUGCGUCAACGGUUCUGUCAACACACCUUACCACAAAAUUCAGUAUCUUUGCUUUUGAAGUGAAGUCACGCGAUAGAAAAUCCACUCCCUAACGAUACGAUUUCACUUCGAAACCCUUUAGAACUAUCUAGAUUGAUAAUUAUUCACGUACGAAUCGCCAACGUUUUCUUCUCUAAUAGUCAAGGAGCGCGUGGAAAGAUCUGCGUUUCGCAUGUUAUUAAAUUUAAUUACGAUUGUAUUAAAAAUCUUCACUGUCACGCUGUUGUCUCAAAGCGUUCAUCGAGCAGAAAUAAUUUAUUAGUGUUUUCUUUUUACAAAUAGAUGUGCUUUUUAAAAUCGGUAAUCGGUUUAAACGAAUUCAUAAUGACGCCAACAACCUUGUUUAGCAUGAAGAAAGACACAGAAUUCGCUGGAUCGCUCAACGGGCGUCUACCAUUGUGAGAACUUGUCUAGUCGCUUCCGCGAACCUCCACGUGAUCACGUAAUCGGAAAACUCUAUUGGAUCUUCAUCGAUCGAUCAAAUUUAUGACCGCUGGCGCUAUUCAGCCACGCAUAAAAUUUAGUACAAUUCAGUUAGCACUACCUUGCAAUCUGGGUGUAGCGACGAGACGACAGGGUUGCGAAAAUGGCGAAUGACAGCGCUAACAGCAACGACACGGUGGAUGGUGAAGUAGCAGACAGCACAAACAAGUUUGUCUCAGCGCUUAUUCUCAACUUGAUUAUAGCCCUCAUAUGUUUAAUAUUGUUUUGCAUUCUGCGACAGAAGCACAAAAUUAUUUACGCGCCAAGGCAGCUUUUGAUAGAUACGCUAGCGCCUGGAAAACGUUCCCAGUCGUUUUUCUCGUGGCUUUUUCCCGCUUUCACCGUGAAGGAUGACGAAGUUUUCCUCUACGCGGGUAUUGAUGCGGUGGUUCACAUGCGGUUCAUGAAGCUUUGCUUUAAGAUCGCCCUAGUUCUCAUGCCAUACGGAAUCAUUGUUUUGAUUCCCGUGAAUUAUUAUGGUGGAGGGGAUCUGAGCGGCUUGGAGCAGAUAGCGCUGUCAAACAUCGUCGUAAAGUCAUCGAAAGUUUGGGCCCACACUGUAGCCGCCUGGCUGUAUACAUUGAUUAUCUGCUACCUUUUGUACAUGGAGUGGAAAGCGUUUAUCGUGUACCGACAACAGUAUCUUAGUAAAGGGAUGGGCUAUCAGUACGCUGUGUUGGUUAGAGAUUUGCCAGACAAGUUCAAGGAACACGAAAGUUUGAUAAAGCACAUGCAAGAAUUAUUUCCUGAUGAGGUGGAAGAUGUCGUUAUUGUGGAAGAUCUCAAAAAGUGGCAAGAACUUGUUAACGAGCGGGAUGCUCUAAAAUGGAAGCUGGAGCACGCAAAAGCAGUUUUUGAGCAAACUGAAGAAAGACCCACGCACAAGAAGUUCAUUUGCUGCGGAACGAAAUUCGACUCCAUUACCCAGUAUGGAGCAGAGCUAGAGACUGCACAGAACAAACUAGACGUUGAAACUGAGAAGAAACACACUCUACUUCCUAGUAGCUUCGUCGUUUUUCGAUCUCUCCGAUCGUCAACUCUGGCGAAUCAGGCUGACUGGGAUAACUCCCCCCUGGCCGUCGACGUCAUGCCCGCCCCAGAGCUGACAAGUGUUCUGUGGAAUAAUCUCUCCAUUGGUCUGUGGGCAAGGAAAUUGCGUACAGUUCUCAUCUACACACUUGUGUUCCUGUUGGUGUUCUUCUGGACUGUGCCUGUCGCAUUUACAUCAUCUUUGGUCGAGCUACAGAAUCUGACAAAAAUCGCGCCAUUUUUGAAACCAGUGCUGGAGCUUAACGCAUUUGUGAAAGGCGCCAUUGAGGGUUUCUUGUCAGGUCUCGCUUUGCUAAUCUUCUUCGCCAUUUUGCCCUUGAUCCUGCAGUUUUUCAGCAAGCUGGAAGGAAUACCAUCCCAAAGUGAAGUGGACAGAUCUACGCUGGGAAAAUUGUACAUUUUCAUGCUUGUGAACAAGUUCUUGUUCAUGACAUUUGCUGGCUCAGCUUUAAACAAACUGAAAGAGAUGGCAGAUAACCCGAGCCAGAUUCCAUCAUUUUUAGCUGAAGCUCUUCCCUCGCAGUCUACCUUCUUCAUUUGUUACAUCAUGCUGGCGACUCUGACUGGUUAUGCACUGCAGCUAUUGCGCAUAGUGCCUCUCAUUCUGGUGUCAAUUAAGCGUAAGUGGCUUGUGAAGACGCCCCGUGAGGACGAUUUGGCCUGGAAACCACCACCUGUCCUUUAUGACCGAGUGUUCGCAAACCAUCUCUUUAUUCUGAUGGUGGGCCUGUCCUACUCCGCAUUGGCGCCCAUCAUAACUCCGUUUGUUGCGUUGUACUUUGGGUUUGGUUACAUUGUGUGGAUGCAUCAGACUAUAAGCAUUUACAUCCCCAACUACAGCUGUGGCGGCAUGAUGUGGCCGAGGGUUUUUAACAGGAUGAUUGUAGCAACAGUGGUGUUUCAGCUUCUGAUGUUUGGAGUGGUAAGCUUAAAGCAGU